AUGGACCAAAGUGGGAUGGAGAUUCCUGUGACGCUCGUCAUUAAGGCACCGAAUCAGAAGUACAGCGACCAGACUAUUAGCUGCUUCUUGAACUGGACCGUGGGGAGGUUAAAAACGCACCUCUCGAACGUCUACCCUAGCAAACCAUUGACGAAGGAUCAAAGAUUGGUGUAUUCGGGCAGACUGCUUCCCGAUCAUCUGCAGCUGAAAGACAUUCUCAGAAAACAAGAUGAGUAUCAUAUGGUUCAUCUAGUAUGUACUUCUCGGACUCCUCCCAGUUCUCCAAAAUCCAGCACCAAUAGAGAAAGUCAUGAAGCAUUGGCAUCCAGCAGCAAUUCUAGUUCAGAUCAUUCAGGAUCAACAACUCCAUCAUCCAGUCAAGAAACCUUGUCCUUAGCUGCGAGUUCUUCCUCGGAAGGACUGAGGCAGCGUACCCUUCCACAAGUGCAAACUGACCCAGCACAGAGUCACCAGCUUCCAUAUGUAAUGCAAGGAAAUGUAGACAACCAGUUUCCUGGGCAAGCUGCUCCACCUGGGUUCCCAGUGUACCCCGCAUUUAGCCCACUGCAGAUGCUGUGGUGGCAACAGAUGUAUGCUCAUCAGUAUUAUAUGCAGUAUCAAGCUGCAGUUUCAGCUCAGGCCACAACCCAGCCAACUGCUUCACAGCCUCUAAAUUUGGCACAUGUUCCUGGAGAAGAACCCCCAGCAGCUCCAAACCUAGUGGCCCAAGAAAAUCAACCCAUGAAUGAGAAUGUUCAAAUGAAUGCACAGGGAGGCCCAGUACUAAAUGAAGAAGACUUCAAUCGAGACUGGCUAGACUGGAUGUACACGUUCUCACGAGCUGCGAUUCUCCUUAGCAUUGUAUACUUCUAUUCUUCUUUUAGUCGGUUUAUCAUGGUAAUGGGAGCCAUGCUACUGGUUUAUUUACACCAAGCUGGUUGGAUCCCUUUUAGGCAAGAAGGAGGUCAUCAGCAGGCUCCCAACAAUAAUCCCGAAGUUAACAAUGACGGGCAAAAUGCAAACAACUUGGAGCUUGAAGAAAUGGAGCGUCUUAUGGAUGACGGGCUUGAAGAUGAAAGUGGAGAAGAUGCAGGUGAAGAUGCCAGUGCACUGCAGAGGCCUGGAUUAAUGGCUUCAGCCUGGUCUUUCAUCACCUCCUUCUUUACUUCACUAAUACCAGAGGGGCCUCCCCAGGUUGCCAAUUGACCUGAAAAACUGUGCCAGCUACAAGAGGGUUUGACUUUAGGAAAGAGGUUUAAAUAACAGUGCAAUUUCAAAAAAAUUUGUAACUUUCUUUUGAUCAUCAUGUACAGAGGUGUUUCUUUCUUUAGGCUUCUCAUGCAUAUGAAUAUUUUAAGCACAAAUGGACUUCUAAAUGUUUGAUUUUUUUUAAAGAUCCUAACAGAACAUAGUGUAACAAUAUUGGUCUUCCAGGUGUUAUUCAUUUCAAUUAUGUGUAGUAUAUCAAGACAGACUUAUUUUUGUGUCUUAUUCUUUAAAGAGCUGCUUUAUUGGCUGGGUGCCAUGGCUCACGUCUGUAAUCCCAGCACUUUGGGAGGCUGAGGUGGGUGGAUCAUCUGAGGUCAGGAGUUUGAGACCAGCCUGACAAACAUGGUGAAACCCCGUCUCUACUAAAAAUACAAAAAAAUUAGCUGGCUGUGGUGGCACACACCUGUAAUCCCAGCCACUCAGGAGGCUGAGGCAGGAGAAUUGCUUGAAUCCUGGAGGCAGAGGUUGCAGUGAGCCAAGAUUGGGCCAUUGUACUCCAGCCUGGGCAACAAAGUGAGAUUCAGUCUCAAAAACAAAAAAAGAGCUGCUUCACCUAUAAAUGUCUAUAGCUAGUAGCCCAGCCCUUUAAUGUUUAAUUUGAAUAAAUAUAUCUAUUUUCUGUGAAUUAUCUUGAAAGUUUUAAACAGAAUGACCUCAUAGUUUUUAAUAAAGGAUAUUAUUUACCUAAAAUGUGCUAGUAGCAUCUUGCCCAGCCAUAAAGCAAUAAACUUCUCAAUAAUCUUAAUUUUGACAUUUGAAUAAGUAAUGGAAACUUUCUAUUUUAAGGGCAUGUAUCCCAUGAAUUGGAAUCAGUACCUUAACAGAAAAAGGCAGCUCUUCAAUGGAAUUAACGUGAUAUAAAAUGUUUGAUACAGGCAGUACUUUUAUAAAAUAAGAUAUGCUGGAAAUCGCUCCCUGUAAUUUUUUAAAUAAAAAGUCAAUUAUGGUAAA